AUGGCUGCAGCUGCCAAUGUGCAGCAGUUCGUCGAAGUUUUGAAGAACGACGACGAGAAGUGGGCAUGGCUCUCGAAGCGGGUCGAUGGUAUGCUGCAGAAGGGCCAGUUGCUGGUCUUCGUGAAGUCCAUCGCAAGUGCGGAGGAGCUCUCCCAAAACUUCCAGGACUUCUUGGAGAAGAAAACAGAAUUCUUGCAUGGUGACCUCGAUCAAGGCGAGCGGAUGCGGAUCUUGCGCAACGUGAGGAAGCGAGUGGUGGAUGUGCUGAUUGCCACAGACGUUGCUGCACGAGGUCUAGAUCUGCCCUCGAUUGCCACCGUGGUGUCCUACGACGCCGCCAGGGACAUUGAAACGCACACCCAUCGAAUCGGCCGCACCGGGCGCGCUGGCGCGGCAGGGGAGGCGUACACACUUCUGACCGGCGAUGAUCAGAACAAGAAGAUGGCCGCUCUCCUAGUGGAGAACCUGGAGCAGGCCAACCAGGCCGUUCCGGAGGACCUGAAGGGGCUGGCCAUGAAAUACGGGCCCUUCCGGGCCGCCAAGCUUGAAGGGCGCACCUUCCUUGGCAAGAAGAAGGGGGCUGGCAAGGUGGAGAAGAGCGCCUUCGGCCUCGGCUUUGACGGCGCCUCGCGGCAAAAGGAGACGGUCCAGGAUCUUGCCAAGCGGCUGGACAAGGAGGCAGACCAGUUGGCCGCGCUCAACCGUCAAAAGAUCUCGGGUGGAAUGAGGGCAGGCAGGAUGCAUGGUGAUGAAGAAGCCGGAAAGUGCAUGCAAGAUCUCGAACAGGUCCCAACCGGAUGA